CAUGCGCAGACCGGUAGGGCAAACUUUAAGAGGAAUUUUGAAGGAGCUGGAGAACGUUUCGUGCUGAGUAGGUAGAAAUUUUUUCUGCGCUAGUGGUUGGGUGAUGGUAGUUGGAUGAAGAAAACUCUUCCCUGCUUUGAAGCACCAGCCCACCCUUGCAUAGUUCCAAGCUCAUGGCUGGAAGUCCAGUGCCCCCUAGGAGGAAGGUGGUUGAAGAGACACGGCUGGUGUUAGAAGCAUUCUUGCAAGGGGUAUUAAACAGCGGAGAGGAUGGGGUCCCAGGUCAUGUGGGCCGUGGCUAUCAUGACCCCCAAAGUUACAUGUCCAGGUCUCCUGUAGAACAUUUUCCAGAGUGUCCUGCCUGUAGCCCUGUCCAUGAAGGAAGUAACUCUGUGGAAGGGAAAAAACAUGGCUUCCGCACCAGCAUUAAACACCUGUUGAAGAAGCGGUCCAGUUCUCCAGGACGCUCAGAUAAUCUGCCCUCCCCUGGAGACUCUUUAAAGAAAUCUAAGUCAGGACCUGAAGGGACCCACCGCAAGCACCACUUCUCCUUCAAGGGCCUUCUGAAGAAGAAGACUGCUUCAGUAGAGUUAACUGACUCAAGUGCUCUCCCCAAGCGGCCUGACACUUUACCUGUCAUAACCUGCUAUUGUAAAAAGCAGGCAGCUGAGCCAGAAGAGGCCCAAACAACAGGCAAUGGUGAAGCUGAGGAUGCUGAGUUUUAUACUUUGGUGGCUCAGAAACUAGAUUACUUUGUGAAACACCAACAACGGACCAGCCCUAUAGCUGCAAAAAGCUCGGUUUCUCCCAAAGAUCCAAACAUUACAAUUUCCACAGAUACAAUCUCUGACAAUUCAGUUGCCUUGGAAAAAGUGACAGAACAGUUGGAUGAGAAACAGAAAGAACAAAUCCUUCAGAAGUUGGUUGCCCUUCUGGAAGAACAGGCUGCUGUCUUCAAUAAAAAGAUUGAAGCUGACCCACUGCUACGCAACACUAUCUCCCGUCUCUCAUACCGCAGUUUUACACACCUGGCUGAAGCCUUUACAUCACGUACCCCACCUGGGGUCUCUAACCCUCAGCUAGCCAAGCUAGCCCUUACCAUGGAACUCACAAGGAAAGUGGCCGGCAUCAACAGCCAUGCAGUACAUACCCUCAUGGGCUACAGUUUGCAGUAUAUGGAUAUGUUCAUACCUUGGCUGCAGCAGCAAGGUGGCUGGGAGAACAUUGUAGCCCAGGAGGAGAUAUUCGACGUGCAACUUGACUGAACAAACUUCCAUGCACCAGUGGCAAUGCACUUAUGAUGAAUCUUAUUUGCAGAAGAUUGCUGGGUAGAGCUGCUUUCCUCCUAAAUUC